GCGUCGACUUCCGGUAUGCGGAGGCUGGAAUUUCAGAUAAGCAUGACUGUCAGCGCGGGCAUUAAGAACCAGGAUUGCCAUGUGGCGAAUGGGGUGAAACCAGGAAAAAAUGGCAUGGUGAGGAAUCAUCAUAUCCAUCAUCAAUAUCAACAGCAGGAGAAGAAGGUGUACCACGCGAGCAAUGGAGAGCUGUACAGGAGGCCUUUCGUCGAAUCCUUCGAGGAAACCCCCAUGCUGGUUGCUGUGCUCACAUACUUGGGCUACGGCAUCCUUACGAUCUUUGGAUAUCUGCGGGAUUUCAUGAGGGAGUGGAACAUAGAAAAUUGCCACAAUGCCAGAGAAAGGGAGGAGCAGAAGCACUUUGUCCCACUCUAUCAAGAUUUUGAGAACUUCUACACGAGGAAUAUAUACAUGAGGAUUCGGGAUAGCUGGAACAAGCCCCUCUGCAGUGCUCCCGGAGCCAAGUUUGACUUUGUGGAACAAAAUUCCAAAGAUUACAACUGGACCUUUGAAUACACUGGCCGGGUGGUGAAGGGUGUUAUUAAUCUGGGCUCGUACAAUUACCUGGGCUUUGGUGAGAACAAUGGUUCUUGUGCCGAUGCUGCUGGAGAGGCGACGAUGAAAUACGGGGUGGGCGUGGCCAGCACCAGACAUGAAAUGGGUAACCUCGACAGGCAUGAAGAGUUGGAGAAACAGGUGGCCUCUUUCCUGGGUGUGGAGUCAGCCAUGGUGUUCGGGAUGGGGUUUGCUACAAACUCCAUGAACAUUCCUGCAUUAGCUGGCAAGGGAUGUUUGAUUCUAAGUGAUGAGCUGAACCAUGCAUCUUUGGUGCUGGGAGCACGGCUGUCUGGCUCCACCAUCCGGGUCUUUAAGCACAAUAAUAUGCAGAGUUUGGAAAAGUUGCUUAGAGAUGCUAUUGUUCAUGGCCAACCCAGGACACAUCGACCCUGGAAGAAAAUCCUCAUUGUGGUGGAAGGCAUCUUCAGUAUGGAGGGCUCCAUCGUACGGCUGCCAGAAAUUAUAGCCCUGAAAAAGAAAUACAAGGCCUACGUGUACCUGGACGAGGCUCAUAGUAUCGGGGCAUUAGGACCCAGUGGCAGAGGGGUGGUGGAGUAUUUUGGACUGGACCCUAAAGAUGUAGACAUCAUGAUGGGAACAUUCACAAAGAGCUUUGGUGCCGCAGGUGGUUACAUAGGAGGUCGAAAGGAUUUUAUAGAGUUCCUGCGGUCUCACUCGCACAGCACAAUUUAUGCCACCUCCAUGUCGCCUCCUGUCAUGGAGCAAGUCAGCGCUUCUAUGAAGUGCAUUAUGGGAGAGGAUGGAACGUCCAUAGGUCGUUCGCGAAUCCAGCGGUUGGCUGAAAACACAGUAUAUUUCCGCAGGAGAAUGCUGGAGAUGGGAUUCAUUAUCUACGGCAACAAUGACUCACCUGUGGUACCCAUGAUGCUCUACAUGCCUGCCAAAAUCGGGGCGUUUGGUCGGGAGAUGAUGAAGAGAAACAUUGGGGUGGUGGUGGUUGGCUUCCCGGCCACGCCCAUCAUCGAAUCCAGAGCCCGCUUUUGCAUCUCUGCGGCCCACUCCAAAGAAGUGCUGGACGGGGCGCUGGUUGUGAUCAGUGAAGUCGGCGACUUGCUGCAGCUAAAGUACUCGCGCCACAAACUUCUACCCUCCUUGGAUCGGCCCUUUGACGAGACCACAUACGAGGAGAACGAGGAAUGACACGCUUCCUGUCUGAAGUUACCAAAUGUGCACAGCUCAUCUUCUGUCCUCUGAAAGAAGGAAGCGAACCACUUAAUAAAUACAACUUUUUUAAACCUAGCCAUAUCAUCUUUAUUUUAACACAUAAAGCUCUGAUCAGCACCACACUCAUUUAGAAAGAAACACUUUGUCGCUCCCCACUAUCCGGUUCAUUUGUCAUUUCAGCUCGGUUUUGACGUGCUGUUUGCAGUCUGUUCGUAACAAACUGUGGCAUUCGUUUGGGGAAAUAAAUAGUUCCAAGCCUGCCACAAGAGGCUGACACUUGUGUACUCGCUAAAGCCAUAUGUCGGUGUAAACCUCGAAAAAGCAUUGAUGCAUUUUUUCCCAUGUAAGUGAGAACAGACAUACAGCAUAUCCCAUAAUUCCAAGGAUCCUGGCCUAUGUGAGGAGUUACUGUUUCUUUUGAUUGCAUUGUCAGUACAUUCACUGCGUAAUCUAAAUCAAACACCAAAAAUCCACAACUUGGCCGUUCGGUUUAUUGUUGUUUCCGCAGAUUUUGAUUUUCCGCCAGGUCUGGUGUCUUUCUUUAAUCUGGCUAUCGUUUGUCUUAUGUUACUGGUGUAUUUAUUUUUUCAAUGCGAUAUAAAUCGCAGAAGGCAACGUUGGUUAUGUCCGAGUAAAGUCUGUGAAGGAGCGUGCAUAUUUAUCACAUUUACACCUCCUGAGAAAACUUGGAGACCGAUUGCUUGCUUGAGCGGAGCAAACGUUAGGUGUGUUGUAAGAAACUACCUUUAAAAUACGACAGAACACUGUUUAUGCAAAAAAAAAACAUUUUUUAAAUUGGGACCUCUGUCACAAGGAUCCUGCAAAUGUCUUAAGGUGGGAUGCGUUUUGCAGUUUAAUAAGCUUUUGCCCUCAACAUGAAUUGUGUCAUGUUUGUCAUGUUAUCAUUUCAAGUCUUAAACGACCUUUUUAACCUCGUUCAAGAGUAAAGCUUUUUAUUUUGUGUUCACGUUUCUGUAUUCCUGUGUAUGUUUCUUUAAUGUACAUAUUUAUUUAUUAAUCAUGUUUCUUAUCUUUGGAGAAGUGUACUUUAAUCAUCGACGGCAGCUCUGGAUCUCUUAAGCACAUGCAUGAUGCUCUCAGUGCUUAUACUACUGAUGAGUAUUUUUAUAUCAUGUUAUUAUUCUCUGCAUGUGUGACGUAAUCACUAAAUCUGCUGGUUUACGAUGCUUUAAAGGUGCUGAACCUGUACACUCUGUUUUGUUGCCUCUGUUGCUUUAACACGGUUGUAUUGUAUGGUCGUACUUUCACCUGUAAAUUUUGUUUUACAACCCUUUUACAAUAUCAAAAUCCAUGGAUGUUUACGUAUUUCAUUUGACUUGGGUUUCAUCGUGUUUUUGUUUACCCGUGGUCCUUGAAAAUCCAAAAAGGUCCUACAAAGUCAAAUGGACUAAUAUUAAUAUAAAAACAAUCACGCAUUUGGAUUGAUAAUAAAAAAUACAAUUGGUCGCAGUGAUGGAUUGGAAAACAUCCAGAUAAAAUACCUGCUCAUGCAUUGUAUGUGUCCUAAAAUAACUCAGAUUUUGUUGCCUGUAGUCCAGAAUGUUUUUAGACUUUUGAAUCAACACUGUGGGCUUUAUAUCAGUUAAGGAACUUUUUAAAUUAAGAAAUUAAAAUACAAUGACUAACCAA